AUUAUGCACUGUGUAUGGUGUACACUUUAUCAAUUGUGAUACAACUCCUCGGCAUAUUCAAUAGAAUUAGUUCUUCGACUACUGCGAGUACACAACCUGCGCUUUCGAUAUCAACACAAAACAUUGCUUAUUUAAAUCUUAUCGUUGAUGAAAGUAAAAUAUGCCUAUAAUGUAAAACCAACCUUCAUCUCAAGUUGAGAGUCUUUUAAUGAUUAUUUUCAUUUUGAGGCUUACGCCAAUAAUUAUAAAAUAUUGUAAUUUUUCAUGGAAAAAUAUUUGAGUAGCUAGUUGCAUAUAUUUUUGCAAAGCAAAGGAAUUAAUUUGCUUUAAAACAGUGAGAAGUCAGUAAAUAUAUCAGAAUUUUUAAAACUUCACUUCUUAAAACAUGAGUGAUUUAGAUUAUCCCAUUGAAUUGGAGAUGCCUUUUGGACCUCCACCAAUAUUGAUUGGUAUCAAAGAAGAACUGAAAGAGUACAUAGUACAUCCAGAAAAGCUUCCCAUCCAUCAACUAGAUAAAGUUCAGCAAUACUGGAACAGGACUCCCAAUAUCAGUACACUUUUAAAAUCAGAUUUAGCACCUAUUGGUACCACAUUAAAAUAUGAAAGAGAUCCAUUCACAGGUUCCAUUGGUCAAAUUCAAGAAGUGACUAUUCAAAAUAUUGGAGAGACGGUUCGAAAUUCUAUGUCAAUGUCUCGAGCUCCUGGUCCAGUAAUUGAGAAUGUUAAAGGUAAUGCUAGUAAUUAUUUGUUUUGGCCUGGUGGAUUUGAAAAAUUACAAACAGUAGAGAAAAAAGUUAAUGUUGAUUUUGAAAAUAAUUUAAAGAUAUCAGCUAAAGGUUUUAGCGGAGGAAUAGAAUUUAUGUCUGAUAAUAUUACUCCUAAAACUCAUGAAACAAAUGAAAUUCAAAAACAAAAAUUACAGUAUCACAUUGAUAAUAUCAAUCUUUUGCCAGAAAUUGACAAAGAAAAAAAAUAUUUAGAUUUCUGGUCCCAUCCCAGUCAUGAUGAUGAAAGCAAGAAAAAUUUUAAUAAAGAUGAAAAUAAAUUGGAAAUUGAAAUGCCAAAUAUAGAUGCAUAUAUUGAACCAAUAAAACAAACUGAAAUACCAAUACUUAGAAUAUCUGAUACUCCACAUAAAAUUGCUAAUAAGAAAACGAAGUGGGCAGAACAAAUUGAUGUUACUAUACCAGUAACAGAUUUUGACAAAAAAAUAACAAAUCCUGCCCUGAUAUUUCCAUAUGAACUUGAUACAUUCCAAAAACAAGCUAUUUUAAAAUUAGAAGAACAACGAGAUGUAUUUGUUGCAGCUCAUACGUCAGCUGGAAAAACAACUAUUGCGGAAUAUGCAAUAGCAAUGAGUCAAAAACACAUGACAAGAACGAUAUAUACAUCCCCAAUAAAAGCCUUAUCCAAUCAAAAAUUCAGAGAGUUUAAAGAAAAAUUCGAAAAUGUAGGCUUAAUAACUGGAGAUUUACAAAUAAAUCCAACUGCUUCUUGUCUCAUAAUGACUACAGAAAUUUUACAAUCCAUGCUAUACUGUGCUGCUGAAGUUUUGAGAGAUGUUGAGUAUGUUGUAUUUGAUGAAGUUCAUUACAUAAACAACGAAGAGCGUGGUCAUGUUUGGGAAGAAGUUAUUAUUCUUUUACCUCCAAGCAUAAAUAUAGUAAUGUUAUCAGCUACUGUCCCUAAUCCUCUAGAAUUUGCUCAUUGGGUUGGACAAAUAAAAAAAAGAAAAAUGUAUGUCAUAAGUACAGUAAAAAGACCAGUUCCUUUACAGCAUUAUCUUUAUACUGGUCAUGACAAAAAGUCAAAAGAUCAAAUUUUUCUAUUAGUUGAUAAAGAUGGAGGAUUUCAUAGAAAUAGCAUUAAAGCUGCUGAAGAAGCUAAGCAAGAGGCUCUGCAGAAACAAAUCAAGUUGCAACAAACAAAAAAUCAGUAUGCUAAGUAUAAGCCAUCAUUAGUAAUGAAACCAUCCACCACAGUAUUAAAAAAUGCUAGUACCGAAGAAACUUUAAGUGCUGUCAAUGCUGCAAAAGAAGAAGAAGAGCAACUAGAAGAUAAAGUUCGAGCUAAUGCUAUUACAGCUAAAGAAAAAAAAAUCUGGAUAGCAUUACUUGAACAUCUUCAAACUAAUGAUAAAUUACCUGUAGUAGUUUUCACUCUUUCAAGAAAUAAGUGUGAUAAAACUGUUGAUGCCUUUACAGAGAGUUUACUUUCACAUCAAGAUCAAAUGUAUGUAAAGGAAUUUUUCAAAAAAUCGACUAAACAUUUAAAAGGUACAGAUUCACAACUACCCCAGGUAAUAAAGAUGCACAAACUUCUAAAAUUAGGAAUCGGUGUCCAUCACAGUGGUAUAUUACCAAUUCUUAAAGAAAUAGUUGAAAUGCUUUUUCAAAAAGGCAUUGUCAAGGUUUUAUUUGCUACUGAAACAUUUGCAAUGGGUGUUAAUAUGCCAGCUAAAACAGUAGUUUUUGAAUCAACUGAAAAAUAUGACGGAAAUUCUUUUCGAAAUUUACUUCCUACUGAGUACAUACAAAUGGCUGGGCGUGCUGGCCGUCGUGGUCACGAUGAUACAGGAACUGUCAUAAUUCUUUGCAAGAAAAAAGUACCUUAUGAAAAGGAUUUGAGAGACAUGACUCUCGGAGCUCCUCAAAAUUUAAUUUCUAAAUUCAAAGUAACUUAUUCUAUGGUUUUACAUUUAAAACGUCUGAGUGAAGCAAUUUCUAUCGGAGAUAUGAUGCGAAGAUCUUUUAAAGAAGUACGUACUUUGUCUAGUCAAGAAAAAAAUAAAGCUGAACUAGAUAAAAUAAUUCAACUGAUUGAAGAUGUGCCUCCUCUUGCGGAAAACCAAAAAAUGUUGGAAAAUUUCUAUGAAGUAGCCAUAAAUUUCUUACAAGAGUGGUCUGAUUUAAGGCCCUACAUGCUAGAAUCAACAAAAGCAGUAAAAGCUUUAGUUGAAGGUCGCAUAUUAAUUAUUGCUCAUAAACACCAUUACAAUAAACUUGGCAUAUUUCUAGGAUUUCAAAAAAAGACUAAAGUAACGUUGUAUAGUGUACUUGUUUUAACCAGUGUUGAUGAAGAGCAAGAUGCAAUAGUUGAUCAAAAGUCUGACAAGUGGCACAAUAUUAUGUAUUUAUCAAAAACAAUGUACUACCAACCAAAAGAUAAUUCAAUUCAUGAAAUUUUGACUGUUCCUGCUUCCUCAAUCAUUGAAGUGACCAAUCACACUAUCAACGUUAAUGUUAAACUCAUCUUAUCAGAUUGGGAAAAAAGACAAAUUCCUAGAUUCAAAGAUGCUCCUCCUGGACCAUCUUGUCAAACAGCAGCUGAAGAAUUAAAGAAAUUAUCUCAUGAAGUACAACAUAAUCCUAAUCUUCUACAACCAUUUUUAGACUUACGAUUAAGUAAUAAUUACAAUUUCGAAAUCCAAACAAGGAAUAUAUUAAUGGGUUCAUUUAUCCAACAGUUAUUUGAAUUAAGAAAUUCAAUUUCUAAGAUAAAUAACUUUGAAGAAGAGUUUGAUAAGGUUUUUAAACACAAAGAAUUGCAACUAAAAAAAAUUGAUCUGUUGAAGAAACUCAGUGAUGAAUAUUUGAGUAAUUACCCAGAAUAUGUAAGCAGAGUUCAGGUUCUUAGAGAAUUAAAAUACAUAGAUCAUGAAGACAGAGUAACAUUGAAAGGUCGCGUUGCUUUGGAAAUGGGGACAUAUGAAAUACUUAUUACUGAACUCGUACUAGAUAAUAUUAUAACUAAUUGGGAGCCUGAAGAAAUUGCUUCAAUGCUAUCUUCAUUGGUCUUUAAUAAAAGUUUUGAAGAAGAUAAAGAUGAAGAUAUCCCCAGACUGAAUGAACUGAAAAAAGAAAUUGAUAAAGUAUACAAAAGAUUGGUUGAAAUAGAAAGAAAACAUUAUUUAGAACCAAUUCCACAACCUAGCUUUCAGUUAGUUAGAGUGGUUUAUGAAUGGGCUCGCGCGAAAUCGUUUGCAAAAAUUAUGGAGCUCACAGACAUCCAAGAGGGUAUAAUUGUACGAUGUAUUCAGCAACUUAAUGAAAAAUUACAAGAUGUUCGGAAUGCUGCAAUAAUCAUUGGACAUCCUGCACUUAAAGAAAAAAUGGAAGAAGCAUCGACAAAAAUAAAAAGGGAUAUUGUGUUUACUGCAUCUCUGUAUAUACAAGAUUGAGCUUAAGUUGUAAUAAAAUAAUUUAAAUAAAUUGUUUGAUUGAAAAUGUUAUGACAAAAUUAUUUUUAAUUGAAUUAUUU